GCCAGGCAAGCGGGUCUUUGUGUGCAAUAUUGCCUUUGACUCGGCUCUGGAUUUCAGGUUUCGUGUCUCGAUGGCAGGACGUGGAAGGUUAAGUAAAAACAAUCGUCAACACACCUUUUUAAAGAGCGACCAUCAAGCUGGAACCAGGAAAACCCCCCCCCAUUAAUAUUUGAGAAAAAUGGUACCCACGCCAACACUGGUGAGCGAAGAGAUGGCUCCUGUAUUUAUGUAUCCAACAGCACAGGUCUGUGAAAUACCAGGGAUGCGGGAGUGGAGUGGAUCUGAACUCUUGGUUAGUUUGCACAGAGCUGAGUUUGCGGAAGGGCCCAGACUUCGACCUGCAGCUCCGUUAGAGCAACAUCUGGAGGAGGAGCUUUACUUCACCAUAUGGAGAAGACAGGGGGGAUAUGCCUUUGUCUGUUUAUUUAUUUAAAACAGCCCCCCUCAGUGAAAGUCCUGACGAUUCACGAGGAGGGGGGGAAAGGGCUGGCUUGGAAACCAGCGAGCACCGUUGGAAGGAGGCAUUGAGAUCGUGGGGGCCAAAUACAAGAAGGUGAACUGAAUAUCCCGUGUCCCUCUGCCCCCUCCGAGGACCAUCGUUAGGAGAAGGGUGGUCUAGAGGAAUAUGAGUUCGUCACGAAGAGGCUGCUUAAACAAUCCUAAUGCAUUCUGCUACAUUUGUGGCGAAUACACUCUGUAAAAACAAAGAAAAAUCAUCACUGACUUUGUAAAACAAGCAUAUCUUGCUUACUUUGGAGUGAAGCUUGGAGAUCAAGAUAAGUCUUGGGCUCCCCAUAAGGUUUGCAAAACCUGUGUAGAGUGCCUACGACAGUGGAAAAAUGGAGAAAGGAAACGUUUAAACUUUGGUGUGCCUAUGGUGUGGCGAGAGCCGCAAAACCAUCAUGAUGAUUGUUAUUUUUGUGUUGUGAAUGUGAAAGGCUUCAAUCGCUACGAGAAACACAAGUGAGAGUAUCCUGAUUUGGACUCAGCAAGGUGACCUGUGCCACACAGCGAAGACGUUCCCAUACCAGUGUUUACCUCACUGCCUGACCUUCCAUUGUCAGAUGUUGAAGAAAUGCUGGACGUGGAGUGUAGCACAGGUGGUAGCCCUGGAAGUGGAUAUGAAGAAAGCUUUUCAACACCUGAGCAGUUUUCCCAAAAAGAACCCAACAAUCUGAUACGAGACCUCAGUCUGUCAAAGCAAGCAUCUGAACUUCUAGCAUCCAGGCUAAUGGAAAAGAACUGUCUACAGCCGGAAGCUAACAUAACAGCUUAUCGGACAAGAGAGGAGGGACUUCUUCCAUACUUCAGCCAAGAUGAAGAACUUGUAUAUUGCAAUAACAUUCCUGGAGUUCUUCUCCAAAUGGGACUACCGGAAUAUCGACCAGAAGAUUGGCGGCUUUUUAUAGACAGCUCCACCAGAAGCUUGAAAUGUGUUUUAUUGCAAAAUGGUAACCGCUAUGCAUCUCUUCCAAUUGCUUACUCAACAAAACUUAAAGAAGAAUAUGAAAAUAUCAAAAUGGUCUUGCAGAAGUUCUGCUAUCAUGAGCACCAGUGGUCUAUUUGUGUUGAUCUAAAGAUGGUGAACUUCUUGCUUGGGCAGCAAAGUGGAUAUAAGAAGUACCCUUGUUUCAUCUGCUUGUGGGAUAGUAGGGCAAAGCGAGAUCAUUGGAAAAAAGUGAUAUGGCCUUCAAGGGAACACAUGACUGUAGGUGCAGUGAACAUCAUUAACAAGCCAUUGGUUGACAGAGAAAAAUUCAUUCUCCCACCACUCCAUAUCAAACUUGGACUGAUGAAGCAAUUUGUUAAGGCCUUGGACAAAGAUGGUGAUUGCUUCAAAUACAUUUGUAGAUCGUUCCUUGGACUGACUAUGGAAAAACUAAAAGCAGGAAUCUUUGAUGGUCCUAAAAUUUGUAAACUCAUCAAUGAUUUGAAUUUCACUAAAUUUAUGAAUGAUGUUGAAGCUUCUGCCUGGUGCAGUUAUGUCUCAGUUGUCAAGAACUUCUUGGGUAACCACAAAGCAGACAAUUAUGAAGAAUUGGUGCAAAACGUGCUAGCUAACUUUAAACAUUUGGGUACUAAUAUGAGCAUAAAGGUACACUAUCUCCAUAGCCACUUAGACCGAUUUCCGGAUAAUCUUGGUGAUUUUAGUGAGGAACAAGGGGAGAGGUUCCAUCAGGAUAUAAAGGUGAUGGAGGAAAGGUAUCAAGGAAGAUGGGACAGACACAUGAUGGCAGACUACUGCUGGAGCCUCCAACGUGAUUGUCCUGAUGCCCCACAUAAAAGAAAAUUAUACACACAGCGUUUUUCUAUACAUUAAUUGUGAUUAUCUGAAUCAGCUUCCUUUGUUUUAAUGUUAUUGUACUGAAUACAACGCCAUUAGGUAUUUCAUGUGUUUACUUUUGUAUGAUUUGAGACAGUUUCCAUGUCAUUUGUGGGUAGGCUAUGCCUGACCAUUAAUUUUUUUGAAUUUGUUAUGUUUUUCAAUGGGGGCAUCCAUUAUCUCAAAAAGUAGAGCCAAUCUAGCAAAAGCAAUGCCAUAUUCGGAAUCAGCGACACAAAGUUACCCUAAAAUCGAUCAAACAUCAUUGGCAAUAAAAUUAGUGUUGACUGACCCUGGCUAAAACCAUCGUCGGGGAAAAUGAGUCAAGCGCAGGUCCGAAUACAGAUAUUCUCAGCUGUUCUGCAACCUUUCCAAAGAGCAGCUGAACUGAACCGGAUGACCAGUGAUGCAGUCUACAGUUGGAGAACUGAGGACUGCCAGUUUUUUCUACAGGCCCCUGUAGCUGUGACUUUAACAGCAGCUUGCUAGUCAAGCAUGAACAAGUGAGCAUGCUUAUUUCCAUACUGGGGAAAAAGCUUCAGCUGCUGAUUUGGACAGUUAAGGGCUCAAGAGGCAGGGUUCUGCUCCCCUCCCUAAUUCUUGGUCAUUUGGUAACUCUGCUUGACCUUUUACAUGAUAUUGCUCUACUGUCACUGGAUACAAAUGGGUUCUGCCUUAAGGAGACUGGCAUUAGGAAGUCCUUGAUUCAUCUUGCUGCACUUUCAAUGGAGCAUCUCAGAGGUGAUGAUCUAAUGAGCUGCCUUUAUUAUAGACAGCCGGAUUCCACCUCACCCUUUGCCUCCCAGGGCACAGGGAAGCAAAGGUCAGCACCUUCAGGCCUGGCCAAGCAAGGUCCUUUCUAUUAGCAUAGUUUUCAAGAGCAGUAGGUUGAGAUAAAGGAAAUGGCAUGAUCUAAUUUGGGGUGAGUUUAGGAAGGGAUUCUUCAGUACACAUGCACACAUGCACGUGCACACACACACUGUGAUUAAAGGUAAAUGUGCAAAAACACUGAAGAUUGUGUACAUUCUAAUGAAGGAAAAGAGAAUGUGCACAAACUGACAAGCAUGAGCAGAGUAUUUUGCACACUACCUGGUCACUAUGCUGCCUUGGUUAGUGAGUUUUAGCACUUCUUUGAUUGCUUUCUGGGAUUUUGUUAAGCUGAUAUUUUACUUGUUCCUUGCACAGAAAACAGGGUUAUAGAGCAGCUCAUAGAUAUAGUAAAUAAUGAGUAUGUUUUCCAAGUGAAAUUGAAGAACGUACAAAGCUGAACAACCUAAAUAGGCCAGUGUGUAUAUUAGUUGGUCACUGUAUGGAUUCCCUGCUUGGGGAAUGUGCAUGCGAGUCAUGUGAUGUAUGAAUUGUCUGCCAUCUUCACAUUGUCUGUCAUCGGUGAUCCUCCAUAUUGAUAGGGCAGUAUUUGAAAUCUGCUGUUGAUCUUGUGGAUUUGUGUACAUUCGCUAUAUCUUCAUGCAAAUGUAUGCAU